CCCUCUGCCUCGGCGGUUGGCUAACCACCACCACCCCCCACCCCUCCGAGCGACCCAGCCCCGUCGCUCCCUGGAUCUUCUUCCUCCUCGGCCGAGCGCCGCCACCCGUCCCGCUGCCGAGCGCCCAUCGUCUUCCUCCUCGCUCGAGCGCCUCCACCGCAGGUUGCUGUGUCAUCCUCCACAGAUUCAUCUCCAGACUAUUUGCUGCAGAGGAGUGAACAAAUUAAGCCUGUCAACUGGUUACUCCCAACAAGACAAAUGCAAUGAGCCAUUGCACGAGUGGCUUGUUGAAGGAGUAUACCAUAUAUUUGUAGGAGGGAUUUGUAGCUUCUCCAGUCAUGGGUGAUUGGGUUAUAGGGGCGUUGAUCAACAUUGUGGGCAGUGUUGCCAUAAACUUCGGUACCAACCUUCUCAAAUUGGGCCAUGAUCAGAGAGAAAAACUCUCCGCAAGUAACAGCAAUCAAGGCAAUGGCAAAUUCGUCCCAAAAUCUGUUAUGUAUUUCCAGACUUGGAGAAUAGGUAUACUCUUUUUCGCUGUGGGAAACUGCCUAAACUUCAUGUCCUUUGCAUAUGCCGCGCAGUCACUUCUUGCAGCUCUUGGAUCCAUUCAGUUUGUGUCCAAUAUUGCAUUUGCCUACGUUGUGUUGAACAAGACCAUCACCGUGAAAGUGAUGGUAGCCACAGCAUUUAUUGUCUUCGGCAACGUCUUCUUAGUUUCCUUCGGCAAUCACCAAUCUCCUGUUUAUACUCCGGAGCAGCUGAUUGCGAAAUAUAGCAAUUUGGUGUUUGUUCUCUAUUGCAUGUCAUUGGUCUUCAUCGUUGCAUUCAAUCAAUAUCUCUAUAGGAGUGGGGAAACAAUUCUUUCAGAUAAUGCGAAAGACACCGGCACAUAUUGGCGAACUCUGCUACCUUUUUCAUAUGCUAUUGUGUCUGGCGCUGUUGGGUCUUGCUCUGUCUUGUUUGCAAAAUCAUUGUCUAACAUGCUGAGGCUGACUAUGAGCAGCAGAUACCAAUUCCAUAGUUGGUUCACAUACUCAAUCCUUCUGUUAUUUCUCUGUACAGCUGGAUUUUGGAUGGCAAGAUUGAAUGAAGGACUGUCUCUGUAUGAUGCAAUUCUGAUUGUCCCAAUGUUUCAGAUUGCAUGGACCUUCUUCUCUAUUUGCACAGGAUUUGUUUACUUUCAAGAAUAUCAAGUAUUUGAUACACUCAGGAUAAUGAUGUUCGUAUUGGGCAUGACAUUUGUCUUCAUAGGCAUCUCCUUGCUAGCACCCGAUGACAAUAAAGCAGCUGACACCAAAGAUGGAUCUAGCGUUACGCGGGGGCCCAUGAUUGAUAUGAACAGUGAAGCACAUGUAUCAGGGAAUUGCAGACCCAGAAAAUUGCAGAUGGAGGAGACAGAAGUAGAUGAUACUGACUCAUUCUCGACUUCAGUAAAAGUGAAAGCAAAACGCAUACUGUCCCGGGCAAAGUCGGCUUGCUCCAUGUCGCUUGGCCUUGGGGAGGAGACCAUCAGUGCUUCUUCGGUGCUUGCAAUGCCAAUGGUUUCCUCAAGAACAACAGGGUUUAGAGGAACUGGAACUGACCGAUCGAAGUACAUACCCUUGCGGUCCACUGAAUGGGAUAAUCUAUAGCUGGUGGUGAUCUAUAGAUACACGCUACACAGAUAUUUACUUUUGAUAUUGCCAAGCGGAUGUUGGUAAUUUUUUGUUGCUUCCGAAGGCAAUUGUUUGUUGUGCGUUAUACUAGUUAGCUGUAACAUGAGUGUAUAGUCCAACAUUUCCCCUUGAAACAUUUUGUCCAUACCCAUGUUGUAACUGUUGGAAACAGCUGCCUGUACAUGUACAAACACGCAGUGGUAGAAUAAACCUCAUGAUUCAACUCA